CAAACUCCACCAUGUCUGACGAUUGGGAUACCAAGCUCGUUAUUGGCCAGAAGCGCUCCGUCGCAAAGGUCACAAAGAAAGAGUCUGAUCUUAAUGGUGCUCGUCGCGCCGGCGCCGUAGUGGGCACAGACAAGAAGAUUGCUGGAGGCUCCAACAAGGCUCAUGCCGGCACCGACCACCAGCGCAUAGCCAAGCUUGACCGUGAAAACGAAGUUGCACCCCCUCCCAAGGUUUCUCCUACCGUCGGUCGCGCUAUGCAAACCGCCCGACUAGAGAAGGGUCUGACGCAGAAGGACGUUGCCCAAAAGAUCAAUGAAAAGCCUGCCGUCUUGCAAGACUACGAAUCCGGAAAGGCCAUUCCCAACCCCCAGAUCCUCGGCAAGCUCGAGCGAGUGCUCGGUGUGAAGCUUCGUGGUUCCAACAUUGGACAGAAAUUGGAGGGGCCCAAGAAGACGUAACGCGCUUUAUGGCCCCUCCAUAGCUUUGCUUUCCAUGUACCAUUAGACUUAGACGCUGUUAUACCAUUCGUAUUUGCAUU